AUGAUUGGUAUCGAUAAUGAACAAUUGUUAUCUAGAUGUCAAGUUAUUACUUGGGCAAAAUCUCCAAGAAGCAAUUUUGAAUCUGCACACAAAAAUCCAAUUGGAAUGGAAAAUACACUUUUGUUAAAAAGACUUCCACAACAUUUUCUAAAGGCAGAACCUAACAUUUUAGUGCUUAACAGAAUGCAAUUUUCUGGGCCUAAAUCAAUGCAUAAUACGAAGAAGCCUUAUAUCAAGAUCGACAGCGAAGAAUUACGAAUAUGUGAAGCUACUGACGCUGCCACUUUCUCUACUAAUCGUGAGAUUUGCGGCGCUAAUUUGUCGUGA